AUGUUUAGCAACCGACACGAGAAAAGUGGGAAUGAACAGUUUUGUACUGAACUUAGCAAAUGGAUUUUCCAUGAAAGAAGUCACCUCAAAGUGAACCACGACGACAGAACAGGCAAAGCACGGGGGUUCUGGCACCAGGAUUUACAAAAAGGAAGGCGUUUCUUACCACGUGUGACAUUAUAUGUUGGAGACAUAGAUGAGGAGAGGAGCAGGUACGUCCGCCAAACUCUGCCGAUGACCCAUGAUGGGACACCUAAGGAGUGUUCCCUAGCUCAACUGCUCACCAGACAGGGAAGCUAUGAUCGUGAAGGUGUUGGUAUCGCCCAUCCUAAUUGCCUAUUUUUACUCUUCAUCAAAGUCUGUCUGUCCAAGUUGCAGGGAUCCCACUCGACCAAAACUAAAAGUGAGGUUAGUGGGAUCAGAAGGAAGACUUGGUGGCAAAAGGGUACAGAACGAGCAAGGCACGAGACAUUGUUUGCCCCACAUGUGCCUUUGUUUUGUCUGGACAUUUCAUGCCCCACACCUGAGACAUCACUUCUUAAUCUUGUCUGCCCUGAUAUUUCUUGGAAUUGGCCCUAUAAUGCAGUGAAUAUGAAUAUUUUGUAUGUUAGAAUGAAAAAAUUGCUCUUGAUUGUUGAGUUCCCGUUGUGGAGUAAAGAGAAAUCCAAACUCCGGUGGCCUGCCGCCUCUGAUUCCGGCUCCAAUUUCGGUCGUCUGAUGCUUUCUGUCGGAGAACUAACCUUUCGCCUGAAUUUAGAGACUUCAAUUUUUGCAGUAUACACGACAAAUGGAAUUAUUUCACGCAUUCUUUAUCAUGUGGUGGUGCUUGGAUAUUUGACGGCGCAAAUGCGUAUUUCAAAGGUAAGAGAUCUGGCGGUUGAUACUGGUUGAUAUCCACCAGUUGCUGUUUGGGGCUAAUUGUUGCUGUCCGGGCUCGUUACAUUCUUGUUCGGGCUCGUGGAAUUGCUGUUCGGGUUUCUCAGCUUGAACCGAACGAGCCAGGUGCCUACCGGGAUAGAAAGGGUGCUGCUCGGGAAAAACCGGGGGCUAUCCGGGAGCGAUCAGGUGCUGUCCGGGACCUAGUUGCGGCUGUUCGGGGCCUGCUCGGGCCCAGCGAGUCGAGGCAGACGACCACCCAACAGCUAUUAAGAGGUUUAUAGUCGUAAAAGUACUCAGGUCACACACUAAAGUACCUAAAUUACGAAAAAGGACAUGUCUCUACAAAUAAGAAGACAACAAGAGCAUUUUCAAGUCCUGCGCUUGCGGGUUUUGAUCUGAUUGUAGAUGUAGUUGAUGACCUCCUUGAGCGUGGCCUUGCGGUUCUCCUUGAAGUUCCAUAGCUCAAGACGCUCAGGUUGCACUCUUGCAUCUCCAUCAGGGCCGUGGUCACAGCCUCGUAUAUCUCUUCGCCCCACUCUUCCCGAAGCCCACACAACUCCUCGUCCUCCUCCUUGAUCUCCCUCUACAAUACAUGAAAUGAAAUAGCAAUCGAGACAAACACUAUGGUCGAUCGAGUGAGGCAUAGCUGAGCUAGUGAACCAU